CAUCCUCCUUAAACGCCACCAGUCCACCGGGGCCGGCACCGCCAUUACCGCCACCAGUUUAAUCUUGGAGAGCAUUUCAGAAAUGGCGGAAGAAGAGGCAGUGGAGAACAAGCAGGUGAUACUGAAGCACUAUGUCAGUGGUUUUCCGAAAGAGAGUGAUAUGGAAAUCAGAACCACCAAAACCCAGCUGAAGCUCCCGGAAGGUUGUUCGGGGGCAAUUUUGGUGAAGAAUCUCUACUUGUCUUGUGACCCUUACAUGAGAAACCGCAUGAGGAAGAUGGAAGGCAGCUACAUUGAGUCCUUUACUCCUGGCUCCCCUAUAGGGGGAUAUGGAGUGGCUGAAGUUUUGGAUUCUACUCAUCCAAACUUCAACAAAGGUGAUCUGGUUUGGGGAAGGACUACAUGGGAAGAUCGUAGCAUUAUCACUUCAACAGAAAGUCUUGCUAAGAUUCAGCACACAGAUGUGCCUCUGUCCUACUAUACAGGCAUCCUGGGUAUGCCCGGAAUGACUGCUUACGCUGGUUUUUUUGAGGUAUGCUGUCCUAAGAAAGGAGAACGCGUCUUUAUUUCAGCCGCUUCUGGAGCAGUUGGCCAACUUGUUGGGCAAUUUGCAAAGUUAUUUGGUUGCUAUGUUGUUGGAAGUGCUGGAAGCAAAGAAAAGGUUGAUUUAUUGAAGACCAAGUUCGGGUUUGACAAUGCUUUUAACUAUAAAGAAGAGACAGAUUUAAAUGCGGCUCUUAAAAGGUAUUUUCCAGAUGGUAUUGAUAUUUACUUCGAUAAUGUAGGAGGAAAGAUGCUUGAUGCCGUGCUUCUUCACAUGACCUUCCACAGCCGCAUUGCUGCUUGUGGCAUGAUUUCACAAUAUAAUCUUGAGCAGCCAGAAGGAGUUUGCAAUCUGAUGUGUUUGAUCGCCAAGCGAAUUCGAAUGGAAGGAUUUCUAGUGUUUGAUUACUAUCAUCUCUAUCCUCAGUUCCUGGAAAUGAUUAUCCCACAGAUAAAAGAAGGGAAGAUCACUUAUGUGGAAGACAUAGCUGAAGGCCUUGAGAAUGCCCCACAUGCUUUGAUAGGGCUAUUCUCAGGGUGCAACAUUGGGAAGCAGGUGGUAGCUGUUACCCGUGGAUAGUGUACGUCAUCUAGAAUUGUCCUUUUCAAGGUUUGUGCUUUGGUUUUGUCUUGUAUACUAGUAUCUCAUGCAAUGCUGGGAAGCAAAUAGUAGCCGUUGUAUACAUUUAAUUAUGUGUGUGGAGUGGAACUCACGGGAGUGCUUUCAGAGCCCAAUAGCAGCAUUAAUCUAAUCUUUUGGUGGUCUGUUGAGUACACGAAAGAUCAGUUGGUGCUUUUCUGUGUUCCAGAUAUUAAUCAACAGCAAAUUACCUUAAGAAUGACAGAUGCAGCAUUUUGCA